UGCCUCCAGGCUCCAACUAGUGCAGAGAUUUCUCAUUUCUUCCCUUGCCCAGCAUCCUGGCAGCAGCAUCACUCCAUUUCUCAUUUCUCAUUUCUUCUCACAUUUCAACUAGGGCAGUGACAGCAGUGUAGUGGAUUGCAGUGAGUGAGUGAGUGAGUGAGUGACAGUGGCCAGCAGUGAGAUACUGGGAUCAAUGGCUCGGGGAAGAGGCAGUGCAAUGCGAGGCGCCGUCGCCGUCGCCGUCGCGUUUCUCUCCGCCGUGAGCUGCUUCCUCCUGUCCGGCGUCGGUGUCGCCGACGCCGCCACCUACUACGUCGGCGACAGCCUCGGUUGGUCUUUGGGCAGCGGGAGCUGGCCCAGCGGGAAGAAGUUCCACGCCGGCGACGUCCUCGUGUUCAGGUACUUGCCGUGGAUGCACAACGUGGUCGCCGUCGACGAGGACGGGUACGCCGACUGCAACCCGCCGCCGUCGUCGAGGUACUACACCUCCGGCUCCGACAGCGUCAAGCUCGCCAGGGGGGACAACUUCUUCGUCUGCACCCGCUACGGCCACUGCAACCUCGGCAUGAAGAUGGUCAUCACCGCCGUGUGAAGACUUCUCGCGCGCGCGGCAUACGAUGAGCUGUUUCGUCUCGAGCGAGCGGAAAAUCCGGUGAAAUAGAUCUCUAGCUUGUUCCAUCCGGCUCGUUCUCGUUUCUGCAUUUGUUUCAUUAAUUAGAGGAUUUUCUCAAGCUGUUCUACGUUGGCGUGAGUGCGUGACUAGAUUUUUUUUCUUUUUUUUUUGCGUGCAAUGUUAAAUCUGACAGACGUAUUUGUUCUGAAGAAAAG